AUGCUCGCCGUCUCCCUACGCUGUGUUACUCGGCCUGGCGGUAGUAAGUUGGCCAUAUUGGUGCUGAAAAAUGCCCAAUUGACCCUCCAGGCCGUCCAGGUCCGAGCAUACAGCAGCGAGUAUUCGCACCACGAGGCCCGGGUUGAGAGCAUCCGCAAUAUAGGCAUUAUCGCCCACGUCGAUGCGGGCAAGACGACGACGACGGAGCGCAUGCUGUUCCAGAGCGGCCGUACUCGCCAUCUCGGAAACGUUGAUCAUGGCAACACCACUACGGACUUCCUCCCCAUGGAACGGGAGCGCGGCAUCACCAUUCAGUCGGCAGCCAUCACCUUCCAAUGGCCGCCCAAGUCGCUGUGUCCUCCAGGCAUUGAGCCCCAGACGAUCAACUUGAUCGAUACACCUGGUCACCAGGACUUCCGCUACGAGGUUGACCGCUGCAUGCCCAUCCUGGACGGUGCUGUGUGCAUCCUGGACGGCGUCAAGGGCGUUGAGACGCACACUGAGCGCGUCUGGUCCUCGGCCCAUCUCUCGCGCAUCCCCCGCCUGCUCUUUGUGAACAAGCUGGAUCGCGACGGCGCCAGCUUCCGACGGUCAGUCCAGGAGGUGGCUACUCGACUGAAGACUUGGCCGCUGUUGUGUCAGAUCCCCUGGUGGAAUAAGGACGACCUAUGGGGCGUUAUCGACGUCAUCCACCAGCACGGUCUACGCUUCAACACCACAAACGGUUCCAUGAACGUCGUCAGCAAGGACAGCAUAGCCCGCGACAAUCCGGCACUGAAGGACGAGAUGGAGACGGCCCGUCUGCGCCUGAUUGAGACGCUCUCCGAGCACGAUGACCAGAUUAUGGAGGACUUCCUCGAGCACGAGGGCAAUGUCCCUUCGUCGUCCAUCAAGCGUGCCAUCCGCCGUCUGAUCAUGGACGGCAGGGCGCGGUUUACCCCUGUCUUUGCCGGUGCCAGUCUUCGUAACAUCGGCGUUCAGCCCCUGCUGGACGCCAUCGUAGACUACCUCCCGAGCCCCCUAGACCGGCCGCCCCUGGAGCUUACGAUGGGCAUGAAGGCAACUACGUUGACUCAGGUCCUCGAGCAGCGCAUCAAGAGAAAGGGUACUCACCAUUCGGAGGCGCCAAUUGCGGCGAUUGCCCACGUCUUCAAGGUGGUUAACGACCCGCGCCACGGAAUGAUGAGCUGGCUGCGUGUCUACCAUGGCACCUUCAACCGCAGCAGCAACAUGUGGAACAGCAACACACAUAUGUUCGAAAAGCCACAGCACAUCUUGCACGUCUCGGCCAAGGAUCACCACAGCAUCGCUCACCUGUCGACGGGCCACAUCGGUGCCAUGACCAACCUCAAGUCUGCUCGCACCGGCGACACACUCAUCACCUUCCCGGGCCAUCACGGAGGAGGCAACCACGCUCCAGAGCCAUUCGGAAACCUACGCAUCAAAGCCCCCGACACGCCCCCGGCGGUAGCCUUCAUCUCCAUCGAGCCCUAUACCCGCACAGCGAGCGAGAAGCUUGAAGAAGCCCUCUCCAAACUCGAGCGCGAAGACCCCAGCAUCCGCUGGAGCAAGAACGAAAAGACCGGCCAGCUCAUCCUCUCCGGCAUGGGCGAACUUCACCUCGAAAUUGCUCAGGACCGCCUUUGGAACCACUACAAAAUCGACCGCGACUCCGCCGUCUGGGGCGACAUCGAGGUCGAGUACUCCGAGUGUCUUCUAGCGCCAACCGGCCCCCAUCGUGCACUGUAUGACCGCACUAUCCGCGACAAGCAGGGCCGUGCUGGGUGUACCGUCUCGCUGGAGCCGCUCGAGGCGGAUCCGGGACAUGAACACCAAGGUGCCCUGCUGGAAUCUGCUGUCGAGCGCGAGGGUAACAUCCUGCACGUCUCGAUCCCCCUGCCAGAGGAUUCGACGACCCUGCCCUUCGACCCCGAUCUCGUCCGGCAACAACUCAUCAACGGCGCCAUCGCUGGUCUAGCCCGCGGACCGCGCCGUAAUGCUCCCGUCCGCCGGUGCAGAGUGCACAUCACGUUUGACCCGGCCACCGACUACUUCGGUGAGAGUGUCAGCACGGGCGGGCAUAUCACCAACGCGGCGCUCGCGGCGGUCAAGGCAGCCCUGAAGGCUGCGCAUGAGAAUAAGACAGUUGGCAUCUUGGAACCGUUUACUCGCGUGCAGAUUCAUUGCCCCGAGGAAGCAGGUAAUGCAAUCCAACAUGAUUUGGUGGCUGCCCGCGGCGGGCAGGUGGAGGAGGUUAGACGGCCGGAGGAUAUGGAUAGGUCUCAGGUUAUUCAGCCGUUCAACACUCCCUCGAAAGGAUCCUCUGGCGAAGAUGGGGAGCAGGGAGUAGAGGAGGAGGAGGAGUUUAAGGUUGAUCCUAGCAAGGUGUAUGUCCCACCCGACCCGUACGAGUCCGUUGAUUCCUUGAGGGGACCGAAGAAGGCGGUCGUGAGGAUGUUGACUAUCAUUGGUAAGGCACCGCUGAAGGAGAUGAUGAAGUAUGAUGGGCAUUUGAGGAGCUUGACGGGUGGUAGGCAUACUCUGGUGCUGGAUCCGGCUGGAUUUGAGCUGGUUGUUGGGCCAAGGGAGAGGGCGUUGGAGGAGGGGAGGUAG